CUUAAAUAAAACGCUGGCUGGAAUGAAUUGCACAUUGUGAUUUAGUGCAUCAAUCAUGUUGGCAGCUAACGGAGCUCAACAAGCUGGUUUGGUGAACUUCUUGCAGUAUCUCGUGUCUUCGUACUUUUUAAGUGACACGUUCUGUACGGUGAUUUACUACGAUCGAAUCUUGACAAGCGUUCAGCAUGGAUGCGAUCAAUAUUGUGCUUUUCUUAUGGGUUUAGAAAUUGCAUUGGCUGGUUUAAAUGGCGAGCAACGUUCGGUGAUGUGGAUUACGGCUGAAUCAGGAGAGGAAGCUGUGAAGCUGGAAUAUGCAAUUGAGGAGGGAUGCCAGUCGUUCAUUGUUAUAACAAGAGAUGUGAUGAAUUUUUUAAAGUUAAAACUUGACUUGAAAGAAACAUCUACGCAGAGAAUGCGUGAUAAAAAUUUGUUGAUUUAUUACGAAAAUAAUACUAUGCUAGAUAGCAGUGAUAUAACAAGAGAAAUACUAAAUUUCUAUCCCAAUCUUUGGUUCCUUGUUCAAACUGACGACGAAAACUUCGAUGUUUAUACCCAAAACUAUACCGUUAAUUCCACGGAUGUACAUUUGGUUGAUAGUUAUAACAUCAUAAAACAAUCAUUCAACAGCGACGGUCAUCUUUUUUACGAUAAACUGUACAAUUUGCAUGGCCGAAUAGUCACUGUGGGUGUGACAGAAUAUACUCCAUAUUGUGUGACGACCAAAACAGAUGUAAAUCAAGGAAACGCAGAUGCCUUCAACUCGAGUUUAGCGAAAGAACUUCUUGUCCGAGGCACCGAGGGCAUUUUAAUUGUUGAAUUUUGCAAAAUAAGAAAUUGUAACCUUCGAGUAUGGCCAUAUGGACCAAGCGAUUGGGGUGAUAUCUACGCUAACGGUUCCGGUUACGGUGAAAUUUUUUCAACCUACUCAAAACAAACAGAAUUUGCGAUCUGUUGUUUGUACUACAAUUGGUUUCUCCAUCUUUUGGAUGGCAGUCAGUACAUAGCCAAAUCAACUGUAACCGUCAUGGUUCCGGGAGCUAGACUACUUCCGAUGUCCUUGACUGUCAUAUAUCCAUUUUCCGGUACGGUAUGGCUUUCCAUUUUCAUAAUGCUACUAGUAACGACGGCCAUUCAUCACUUGAUAACCAGCUUAAAUCUCAAGCACGAUGACAAGUCAGUUCGGCCGCCGAUUGCGAAAUCGAUUUUCGACAUGAUUUCAAUUUAUCUGGACCAAGGGAUUUUUCCAAAUUCCGUUUCCUCCUCCUAUCGCUGGUUGGUAUCAUUCAUUCUCCUAUCAGGGGUCGUAAUAAGCAACAGUUACUCCAGCGGCUUGGCCAGUGUUUUGACGGUACCAAAAUAUGGAAAAUCAAUCGAAACUAUUGAUGAUUUUGUUCAAACUCCGUUCCGGUGGGGAGCACCAGCUAUUGCUUGGGUUCUAUCCUUGUACGGGGCGGAUUCGUAUGACAUCCAGAAAGUUGUGGAAAAAUUCGACAUUGUUGCUGACGAAGACGCACUCUACCAGCGUUCUCUUGCAGGAGACUACGGAGUUGGAGUUGAAUUGUUGAACGGUGGAAAUUACGCUUACGGAUCCUUCAUUCGAGAGGACAAUGUUAGAAGCUUUGACAUCUUAAAGGAAGAACUGUACUAUACGUACACCAUUGGAUAUUCACAACGUGGUUGGCCCCUAAUGGAGUACUUCAAUAAGUUUAACUUGGAAGCAAUUCAGCAUGGGUUCCUCAUAUUUUGGGAAGAACAAGCAAUACGAAACUUUACCGCUUUUAAUGUGGAACAAACUUUGCUGGAAAUUGCCAAGGGUCACAAUGAGAAGGAGGAGUUGAAACCUUUAACUGUAAAGCAUGUUUUAGGAUCGCUGUGGAUCUUGAUGAUAGGUUCAAUCGCAUCAACAGCUGUGUUCCUAUGCGAACUUUUGUGGUAUUUUUUGCAAAAGUAUAGGGAUAGAAAAACAUAACCGAAACGAGAAAGAUUGAACAAUCUUCAGUUGAAAUACACCAGACGGUUGAAAUGAAAUUGAAAAUAUUAAAAUAUCAUAGAAGAAAGCAAUAUUGCAUGAUGAAU